AUGGAUUAUAAACCUCCUUACCCGAUCAAUGUGAUAAUAACUCCAAGUUCACUAGAAAAGUAUAAUCGCCUAUUUGUAUUUCUUUUACGAAUAUUACGAAUGGGUGUGGUAAGUCGUCAUAUAUAUCGGCUCUUACAUGAUCGGUACCUUAUUGAUGAUAAAGAUACUGUAGAAGACAAGAAUCUGGCGCAAAAAUUUCGAUUUGAAGCACAACAAUUUAUUUCAGCACUUCAGGGGUAUGCAUUCGACGUAGCAGUAUCAUCUACUUGGUCACAUUUUGAAAAAUAUUUGAAAAAAGUUAAAAAGGAAUUAAAAUUUCAAUUAACGCGUGAACAUUCAUAUGGUGCAAGCCCUUUAGACAGUCAAUCGGAUUCCUUUUCAACUGAUUUCAUGGAUGAUAUUGAAGAAAACAAUGAUGUUGAUACUAGUGAAUGCGUUAGGGAUCUUGCCUCAUUGCGUGCCUAUCACAAUCACGUUCUAGAUCGCAUGCUUUUUCAAUGUCUACUUUUAAAGGAGCAAGAGCCAAUUACGGAAAAUCUUGAUAGAAUUCAGAUUCUAAUACUCGAAUUUGCAAAAGAUUUGCAAAUACGACGUUCUCGUACAUUUGAUGUACAUAUGCGAUUCGAAUAUUGGAGAAAGAUCAAAAAUUUAUAUGCUCAAUUUCGCUUACAUGUAGGGACGGCGUUUACUAAUUUCCCCCCCCCACGUUUCUAUUGGCCAACGAUAAAUCGCAACGUGACUUUACAAACCAAUCAAAAAAUGAUAAUCUUUCGACUUUGA